GUUCAGCAUUGGCUGCUAGGAAUCAAUUCAAAAACCGUGUUGAAGUAAUUUGUUCUAAAGUAGGACCCGUACGUAGCAUGUCCCCUCUCCGCAGCGAAAGCCUUCUCCUAAUUGGGCAGCGUACAUCCGCCAUGACGCUGGAAGCCACCUCAUUGGUCCGCGCAGUCGGGACUCGGAGAGCUAUUUUCCUUAGAGCGCAAGGCGCCGCCUCACUUUUUUUUUUCUCUCUUCCUUCUGGUGGCCGGAGCUACUAGUCCAAAGGGAUCCGGUCUCAGCCAGGCCGAGUAACUUCCUUGGGAUUAGCCAGGAGAAGCGGCAGCACGGCCUAGGGUGAAGGCUGGUUGGUGAGCCUGGUUUUCUCACAGGUAUCAUGACAACCCUGGAUGACAAGUUGCUGGGGGAGAAACUGCAGUACUACUACAGUAGCAGUGAAGAUGAGGACAGUGACCACGAAGACAAGGCCAGAGGCAGGGGUGCUCCAGCCAGCAGUUCCAUUCCUGCAGAGACUGAGUUGGCAGGCGAAGGCAUCUCAAUUAAUACAGGUCCAAAAGGUGUGAUCAAUGACUGGCGCCGCUUCAAGCAGUUGGAGACAGAACAGAGGGAAGAGCAGUGCCGGGAGAUGGAAAGGCUGAUCAAGAAGCUGUCUAUGACCUGCAGGUCCCACCUGGAUGAAGAGGAGGAGCAACAGAAACAGAAGGACCUCCAGGAGAAGAUUAGUGGGAAGAUGACCCUGAAGGAGUUUGCCAUGAUGAAUGAGGACCAAGAUGACGAGGAGUUUCUACAGCAGUAUCGGAAGCAGAGGAUGGAAGAGAUGCGGCAGCAGUUACACAAGGGACCCCAAUUCAGGCAGGUUUUUGAAAUCCCUAGUGGAGAAGGGUUUUUAGAUAUGAUUGAUAAAGAACAGAAGAGCACCCUCAUCAUGGUCCAUAUUUACGAAGAUGGCAUUCCGGGGACAGAAGCCAUGCAUGGCUGCAUGAUCUGCCUUGCUGCAGAGUACCCAGCUGUCAAAUUCUGCAGAGUAAAGAGCUCAGUUAUUGGGGCCAGCAGCCGGUUUACCCGGAAUGCCCUUCCUGCCCUGCUGAUCUACAAGGGAGGUGAAUUGGUUGGAAAUUUUGUUCGUGUCACUGACCAGCUGGGGGAAGAUUUCUUUGCUGUGGACCUUGAAGCUUUUCUGCAGGAAUUUGGAUUACUUCCAGAAAAGGAAGUCUUGGUGCUGACAUCUGUGCGUAAUUCUGCCACCUGUCACAGUGAGGACAGUGAUCUGGAAAUAGACUGAACUGAUAAAAUGAACUGAAAUCUUGUCGCACAGAUUUCUCACUGUGUUUGGUCUGGAAGACACAUGUCUGUGUUUAUUUUUGUUCCUUCUUGUGUCUCUGGCUUUUCAGCUAUUCUUUAUAGUCUCUUGUUAUGUGGAAAGUAAAGACAUUCUUAGAUUAAA